AUGAAUUUUCUCGAAAUUUCUUCAAGCCUCAAAUGCUCAAAAAAUGCUUUCUACGCAAGAAGGAAAGGAAGGAACAUCUGCGAAUGGAAAUGGUAUGAUUCUUUUUGUGUGUUUUUAGGUGUAGUUGAGAAGAAGAAGAACCAGACUUCUUUGUCUCAGGUGAAUUCGUUCAAAGAAUAUGUUCCUUCUACUAAUUCAGAAGGUUCGCAGAAAAAUAAUCCCUCAACAAAGGGUGAGAAACAAAAGUCUUCCCAACAGGCGAAACCUGCUCGUAAGGAAGCUCUUGCGUCAGCUGCCACGAUGAAUCCGGAGGCUGCGGAGUUUUUACCACAAACGCAAUCCGAAGCACCUCGAAAGCAGCGGUCAAGCAGAAGGAAUGGAAAGCGAUCCGAGAAGCCUGUGGGGGGUUCCAAUUCUUCCCAAGGCGCGGAGGCCAUUCCUAAGACUGAAGAAGCGGCUUCCAAACCGAAGCCAAGACGGUCUAGAAAGAACAAUAAGAAGCCUGCUGCUGCCCAGCCAGCUCAAAAUGCUCAGCUUGUUCAAGGAGCUCAACCUGCUCAGGAAGCUCAACCUGCUCAGGAAGCUCAGCCUAACCAGCCUAACCAGCCUAACCAACCUGCUCAAGGAGCUCAGCCCGCUCAACCUGCGAAGCAAACUCCCAAAAAGAGCCGAUUCGCCAAGAAACGGCAGCAAAAGCAGCAAGGACAGCAGCAGCAGCAGCAGCAGCAGCCCGCUGGUUCGGAGGCUUCGGGCCCAUCGGCCGCAGCCCCUGCUUCGGCUCCCUCCGGUCCGAAGCGCUCUCGCAAUCGUCGCGGCCGUGCCGCCAAUCGAGACUGGGACGCACAGUCGGUGGCGUCGACCGUCUCCACGAUGUCUACUCUCUCCACGCACUCCUCUCUCUCCGCAACGGAUCUCCCGCUGCGCGACCGCCUGGAGCGCGAGCUGGCGCGGGAGCGCUACACGUGCGCGAUCUGCAUGGAGGUGAUCCAGAAGAAGCAGCUCAUCUGGUCGUGCCCGUCGUGCUACGUGGUGCUGCAUCUCCGCUGCAUGAAGCAGUGGAUCGUGAAGUACCUCGACAGCGCCACGCUCGACUCCAUUCCGCGCCACGCGCGCGAUCCCUUCAAGGCGCUCGGCUAUCUCCACGGCAAGGGCGUCGAGUUCGUCCAGACGCGCUGCCCCUUCUGCCGCAGCGACCAGAAGGUCCCCACCAUCCUCUCCGGCUGCUUCUGCGGCCGUGGCAUGCUCAACGCGCGAUCCGGCGACGGCUCCGACUCCCACAACGCCGACGGAGCGCUCCUCCCGCACAGCUGCGGCAAGAUCUGCGGGCGAAGCCGCGGGGGAUCGUGCGUUCACCCCUGCGCGGACCCCUGCCAUCCCGGAGCCUGCCAUCCCUGCUCGGCGACCAUCGAGCUGCCCUGCCAGUGCGGCAAGACGAAGCAGACGGUGCGCUGCGGCGUGGAUCCGACCGCGGUGCACUGCGACCAGAUCUGCGGGAAGCUGCUGGACUGCAAGGAGCACACGUGCACGCUGGGCUGCCACGCGGGGCCGUGUCCGUCGUGCACGGUGAGCGUGGAGUGUCGCUGCUACUGCGGGAAGCACCACACGACCAUGCCGUGCGGCAAGACGCGCAUGGCGAUCUGCUCGCGCAAUCCGGACUAUCGGCCCGAGCUGAUGAUCACGACGGUGGCGACCGCCACGGAGGGAACCGUCCGCGCGGCGCUGUAUAACGCGGACGUGCUGGGCGAUCUGGACGGCCUCAGCGAUCUGAGCGACGAAGAAGAACAAGAAGAACAAGAAGAACAAGAAGGAGCAGAAGACAAUAACAACAAGGACAACAACAAGAACGACAAGGACAACGACAAGGAGAAGCAGGGUGAGGAGACGGAGAAACAGGGAAGCGUGGAAGCGCGAGCGGACACGGCGGCGUCGAAGGUGGAGCCGUUCGCUCUGCUGUCGAUCCGGGAAGCGGGGAUCGGCGGGUACAGCUGCGGAGAAGUCUGCGGGAAGGUCCUGGAGUGCCAGCGCCAUCGCUGCGACAAGAUCUGCCACGCGUUCAAUUGCGGCCCCUGCCCCUACUCGGUGACCGCCUCGACGCGCUGCCCCUGCGGCAAGCACCUCGCCCUCGAGGUCAACCCGGCCUGGUCCAGCUGCGCCGACCCCUUCCCCUGCUGCGGCGAGGUCUGCGGCAAGCCGCUGCCCUGCGGCCUGCACACCUGUCCCCUGAAGUGCCACACGGGCCCCUGCCCCACCUGCGAGGCGCCCUGCACGCAGCAGUGCCGCUGCGGGCUCUCCAAGCGCUCCGUGCCCUGCUGGGCGCUGCACGGCGGCCCCGCGCCGCUCAGCGUCUCCCCCGAGCAGGAGCGCGCGCUGCGCGCGCCGUUCGUCUGCGACCGCGUCUGCAAGACCGAGCUGAACUGCCGGCGCCAUCGCUGCGAGGCGCUGUGCUGCCCGCACCGCGGCCAGCGCUCCGACGGGUCGUUCCACGUCUGCCAGCGCGUGUGCGGGAAGCUGCUGAACUGCGGGAAGCACACGUGCUACCUGCCCUGCCACACGGGCCCCUGCGUCGCCUGCGGGCACGUGAGCAUGGAACCCAUCACCUGCGCCUGCGGCAAGCAGGUCAUCCAGCCGCCGGUGCGCUGCGGGACGGCGCCGCCGGUGUGCAACGAGCCGUGUCCGAAGCUCUGUCCGAACGGGCACAGCCGGCACCAUCCGUGCCACUUCGGGCCGUGCCCGCCCUGCACGAUCCCCACGGACCGCAUGUGCGAGGGCGGCCACGGAAUCAUCCACGGCGUGCCCUGCUACCGCGAGAAGGUCUUCUGCAACCGCGUGUGCGGCAAGCCGCUGCCCUGCGGCCACUUCUGCCAGCGCACGUGCCACGAGCCGCCCUGCACCACCGACGACGUGCUGCGCACCGGCUGCGGACAGGUCUGCGGAAAGAAGCGAGAGUUCUGCGAGCACACGUGCCAGGCGCCCUGCCACCCGGGCACGCCGUGCCCCGCGGUGCCGUGCAUGUUCGACGUGGAGGUGCGCUGCCCCUGCGGCCGACGCUCGGAGAUGCAGAAGUGCCUCAUCGGCGUGAGCGGCGAUCCGCAAGUGCUGGAGGACCUCCGCAACCGCAGUCUGGAGUGCGACAGCGAGUGCCGCAUCAUCCAGCGCAACCGCCGCCUCGCGGAGGCGCUCAACGUGGGGCCCGCCAAGCUCAACCUCCCCGAAUCGGUUUCUCCGUUUCCCUUUUCUCACCUCUAG